AAAUCAGGAAGUGGAUCCGGAAAUACAACACACACCGAGCUGCAGGUAGUCUCCAGGCUGGACUUGUCUCUCGCAAAUCACAGCGUUUCUGUCAAGAUGUUGAAGGCGGUUAUUCUUAUCGGAGGUCCCCAGAAAGGCACACGGUUCAGGCCGCUGUCCUUUGAAGUGCCCAAACCCUUGUUCCCGGUGGCCGGUGUGCCCAUGCUGCAGCAUCACAUUGAAGCAUGUACCAAGGUACCGAAUAUGAAGGAGAUUUUGCUCAUCGGCUUCUAUCAGCCAAAUGAAGAACUGACCAGAUUCCUGGUUAAUGCUCAGCAGGAGUUCAAGAUUUCCAUCAGGUAUUUGCAGGAGUAUGCAGCCCUGGGCACCGGAGGGGGAAUCUAUCACUUCAGAGAUCAGAUUGUCUCCGGCAGUCCGGAGGCUUUCUUUGUCCUGAAUGCUGAUGUUUGCUCAGCGUUUCCGCUCGCAGAGAUGCUCAGCUUCCAGAAGGAACACGGAGAACCCAACAGCCUUGUGAUUCUCGGGACGACGGCAAACAGAAAGCAAUCCAUGAACUACGGCUGUAUUGUGGAAAACGAGCAAACACAUGAGGUCAUGCAUUAUGUGGAAAAGCCGAGCACGUUUGUGAGCGAUAUAAUAAACUGCGGCAUAUACCUCUUUAAGCCCGACAUCUUCCAGCAUAUCGGCGCCGUCUUUCAGAAGAACCAGCAGGACAUGUUGUUAUAUCCGUACGACGGAGAGGAGCCAACCAACGGCUGGCACCGAGCAGAGGCCAUCAGGCUGGAGCAGGACAUUUUCACUGCCCUCGCCGCACAGGGGAAACUCUACGUGUAUAAAACCCUGAGCUUCUGGAGCCAGAUCAAAUCUGCAGGAUCUGCAAUUUAUGCCAGUCGGUUGUACCUCAACCAGUAUCGCACAACUCAUCCUGAAAGACUGGCCUCGAACAAGGAGGGAGGCCCCAGAAUAAGUGGUAAUGUCUACAUUCAUCCUACAGCCAACAUUGACCCCACUGCUACAUUGGGUCCCAAUGUCUCCAUUGGCACUGGAGUGACUAUCGGUGCCGGGGUCAGAGUUCGAGAAUCCGUCAUCCUUCAUGGUGCAACUCUACAGGAUCACUGCUGUGUUUUGAACAGCAUUGUGGGAUGGGACAGCACUAUUGGAAAGUGGGCAAGAGUAGAAGGAACCCCAAGUGACCCGAACCCCAAUGAUCCCUUCGCAAAGAUUGACAGCGAGACCCUCUUCAGAGAAGGAAAGCUCACACCCUCCAUCACUAUCCUCGGUUGUAACGUGACCAUCCCCUCAGAGGUGAUAAUACUCAACUCCAUCGUCCUCCCGCACAAAGACCUCAACCGUAGCUUCAAAAACCAAAUUAUUCUCUAGUUAAUCUUCCUCACUCGGCUGUCCACUUACUGUCACCGAUGAAGGAUGCCGCCGGACACGCGCCGGCACUGCCUCUGAGUUACUGUAUAUAAGAUGUCAAAAAUGAAGCUACGGCGCAUUCAUUAAAUAGUUUUUGAAAGAUAGAUUUUUAUAUAUUUGUCCUCUAGCCCGUAUGCAUCAUUGGGUGUCGGCAACAUUAGUGAGAGGCUAAUCACGCAUGUUGAUUCACCUUCAAAGCGCUGUCAUGCCAGAGGUUAAUAUUGGGUUUUUUAUUAACUUUAGCGAACUGUAAAAUGACUGCAGACACUAGUGUAAUAUAUUUGGUUGGAUGUAAAAAAAGAAAAGAAAAGUUUAUGGACAACCGCUCUCUGUUUUCUCAAGGGCAUCCUUGACGAACUUGUUACUUCAGCGUGAGAAGAAGAAUUAUUAGAAAAUAAAAAUCCCCGUCUACUGGCUCUAGAGGUGAUUAUUUGUGUGGAGCUCUGAUUAAAGAUGUUUAGCAUCUUCAUUGUUGGUCUCAAAAAUUGUCUACCACCAACAUAAAUCAGCGGGCUUGAGAUUUACAUUGCAAUCAAGUGCUGUUGCCUUUUUUAAGAUGUGAACUUAGCGGGGGGGCUUGAGACUCUGCCAUAUAAACAGCAACAGCAGAUACUUAAAUUGUGCAUCCGCAAUCACUGGGAGGAACUGUUCCGAUUUAUGGAUAUAGCACAUUAACAUUUACUUAUUAAGCCCUCGAGCACUCAUGAUCACUUCAGCACUUUUGUUCCAAUUAUUGCAAAGAGGGUGUCUAUUAAGGAGCGAUGUAAAUUGCGAUACAGGAGCUGCAGCAUAAUAUAUUUUAAUCAAGUCUCUUAAAAAAAACAAAACAAAAAAAAAACUAGCCUCCAGUGAAUGGGGUAAAAGAAACAAGUUGAUGUACACUUUUUUCAUAUAUUGUUUAUUUCAGGUCUUAUAUGUAGGUGCCUGUGAUUCAGAUGCCUUACUGGGGUCCCUCAAUACAGUGUUUUCAUCCUCUUGGUAGGAUGAUCAGAAAUUGGGCUAAAACCCCCGUGCUCUUUACAUGGAAGGCAAUCCUAAAAUUCAUUAGAUGAGAUAGGCUUCCCACUGCUCUGCUUCUAUAGUUUUUGUGAUAGCUUUUCCUGUUUUUCAUUGAUUUCUUGAUUAUUAGUCUUUUCACUGGGACAUGAUGCACAGUGGUGCCUCGACGAGCUGAAAUAAGAGAUCUGACGGAUAAGUAAAGUAAAAUGUUGCUCAUUAAAAACAACAGUACAUGUGACACCUGUCUUAUAGUGAGUAUAAAGACACAUUUACAAUAGUCUUUGUAAUUUGAAGUCACCAGCUGAGGAGAAAUGAAAAUGCAAUACCUGUCUAUAUAGUGUUUAUUACAAUAAACAGUGUUGUAAUAUGA